AUGGAGGCCACCUGUGGCGGCUUCGAGGCGGUUGUGUCGGCCUUCUCAAAACAAAUCGCGGAGCUGAGGGAGGCCACGCUGCUGCGAGUGGAUGACACCACGCGCCAGCUGCACACCCAGGACGUGGAGGCCAUCGAGGCUACGGUGCGGGCGCUGGAGCACAAGCUGCGAGACAUCAAGGCGUAUGUGGCGCGCGAAGCGGCGGCGAUACCGCAAGUGGAGGCGGUAGUGGCGGCCUGCCAGCUGCAGCAGCACCACCUGCACCACAUCGCGGGCCACCUGCCCACCUACCUGCCCUCCCUGCGCUCGCCGGAGGUGGCGGGCGUCAAGGAGAACAGCAGAGCAGCGCCCAACCAGGCAGCGGCGGCAGACGGCGGCGGCGGCGGCGGGCCCAAGAAGCGCCCGCCCGCGCCUCGCAGGUACAUCACCGCCGAUGAGCUGGCCUCUGUAUCCUCCUACAUGCGCGGCCGCCUGACCGCCGACCGCAUCAACGCGGCGCUGGACGAGAUGGCGGCGCUGGCGGAGGGCAACGCGGCCAUGGUGGCGGCGGCGCGCCGCAACCGCGCCACGGGUCCCAACAAGAAGCAUGCCAUGUGGAUCGCCUUCAACGUGGCGCCGCACGAGCCGCUCAAGGGGCGCAGCUGGGUGCUGGAGGCAGACCUGCGCACCGGCACCGCGGUGCGGCUGGACAAGACGGGCAAGGCGCUGCUGACGCUGCUGCGCCACCUGGGGCGGCUGCAGGAGGUGCGGGUGCAGGCCGACGGCGCCACGCACCUCGUCUACGUGAUGCUGCCCGGGGCGGGGGACCAGUAG